AUGCAACCAACAGAGCAACGAUAUCCGAAGAUAGAACAACUCGCACUAGCACUAAUAAUCACAGCAAGGAGACUUAGACACUACUUCCAAAGCCACACAAUCAUAGUGAGGACAAACCAACCACUAAGACAGAUACUGACGAAGCCAGAACUGGCCGGACGCCUCACCAAAUGGUCCAUUAAACUUUCAGAGUUCGACAUCCAGUUCCAACCUAGGUCGGCACUCAAGGCACAAGUGCUGGCCGACUUCAUCUCAGAACUAACGACUAAUGAACACGACAAGUCUUGGGAACUACAUGUUGACGGAGCAUCAAGCCGAGAAGGAAGUGGAGCAGGGGUAAUCCUCAAGGAGGGAGACAAAGUAAUAGCGGAACAAGCACUCCAGUUCCACUUCCCAGCAAGCAACAACCAAGCCGAAUAUGAAGUCCUCAUUGCAGGACUCAAACUCGCCUUGAGCCUCCAAGUACGAAGCUUGACAACACAUUGCGACUCCCUCCUCGUGGUCCAACAAAUCCGAGGAGAAUUUCAGGUAAAAGAUCCCUUGCUAGAGCAAUACUGGCUCAUAGCGAAGGAUCUUAUUUCAAAAUUCGAUGCAUUUAGCAUACUGCAUGUUUAUAGAGAAAAAAAUGUGAGAGCGGAUGUACUAUCCAAGCUCGCAGCCACUAGGGCAGACACACAAACAUCCACACUAACACAACUCUCACUAAAAAAGCCGAGCACUGAUUUAUUACAUGUGACGAACAUUAACCGCCUCCAUGAUUGGAGGACUCUUUUCCUUGAAUACAUUAAUACAGGCGCUAUACCAAGAGACGAGCUCAAACCCCAGCACUUCAGACGAAAGGCCAGCCUUUACACAAGCAUAGAAGGAAAACUAUAUAGACGAGGGCUCUCACAACCCCUGCUAAAAUGCUUAAGCAAAGACGAAGCAAAAGAAGUAAUGGACGAAGUCCACGAGGGAGUCUGUGGAAACCACAUCGGGGGACGAGCAUUGGCAGCUAAGAUCGUCCGAACCGGGUAUUACUGGCCAACCAUAAAAAGGGAUUGCAUAACAAAAGUCAAAACAUGUGACAACUGUCAGAAACAUGCAGCCAUUUCCUCAAAGCCAGCCGAGCUACUACAUAGCAUGGAGGUAAGCUGGCCAUUCCACAGAUGGGGGCUCGAUAUCCUCGGUCCAUUCCCAAUAGCGCCGGGCCAGGUCAACUUUCUUUUAGUAGCAAUCGAUUAUUUCUCAAAAUGGAUAGAGGCGCAACCAUUAGCACGGAUAACAGCCGAAAAGGUACGAUCAUUUAUAUGGAAAAACAUUAUAUGCCGAUUUGGAAUACCUAGGGAGAUCAUAUCUGAUAAUGGUAGGCAGUUUACAGAUAAUAAACUCGGCUCAUUUCUAAAAAAUUUUUACAUCAAGCAUCAUUUUAGCUCGGUCGAGCACCCACAAACCAAUGGGCAGGCCAAGGCUGCUAACCGAGUAAUAUUGCAGGCAAUAAAGAAAAAACUAAAUGAUGCAAAAGGAGAAUGGGCGGAACUGAUCCCAGAAAUAUUGUGGGGAUACAACACAACAAUACAGACAACUACGGGCGAAACACCUUUCAAACUAGUCUAUGGGUCCGAAGCACUAAUCCCCAUUGAGGUUGGAGUCCCCACCCUGAGAACCGAGCUAUACGACGAACAACGCAACUUACAGGCAAGGAAUGUCGAACUUGAUCUAGCCGAGGAAACCAGGGAGCUAGCAGCCAUUAGACAGAGCAGUAAAACAAAUAAUCGAAAGAAAACACAACAAGAGGGUACUGCCGAGGACGUUCACGGAAGCCGUGUUCCCUUUUCCCACCAGCUGACACUAUCAGUUGUGUCUCUUCGUCAGAAACUGUUUUCCGGCCAAAACCUUGUUAAACAUCAGACCCACUCCGAAGCAACCCCAGAAUCAGAACCGGAAAGCCAAGUUCGUCCUGUCCCCCAAAUUUCACCGCCGUCAACCGCCGCACGCGCCGACACGCGCCGCCCCUUCUCCUGCGCGUGGUCCUCACGCGCCUCCGCUCCGGACGCGCGUGAACGUCACGCUCCGCAUCCCAGGCUUUUUCCGGCCCUCGCUUCCCUUCUGCAGGUGUUUUCCAGCCGUUUCUGA